UAACACCCUUUUUCCCUUUUAGCAAAAUCAAAAUUCUCUCUCUCAACUCCACAGCCACUACCUAGCAUAGCCGCCGGAGCUACGCUGCCGAAAAUCACCAGUUCCGACAAGACUGGCCUUUGUCUCAUCGGAAAAUACCCAUAAUGGUCUCUCCUUCUCGUUGCUUCCAAACCCCAACGCCGGAAGCUUUCUCGCCUCUUCCAACAUCUGACAUCGCAAGAAGGUAAUGUAUGAUGCUCAGACUUCAUGCUGAAUGAGCUCACAUAGUCAAUGCUCUUCCAACACAACAACGUUGGGUUAUUCCACUUUAUUUCCCGCCAAUUCCUUUCAAAGCCACACCUUUUCUCAAGCAUCUCUAGCAGCCCCAGGCUGAACAAGACAUCAUGCAUUCAAUACCUGAAGAACUGCGAAUCCAUGACCCAUCUCAAACAAAUCCAGACCCAGAUCUUCCGGGUUGGGCUCCACCAAAACCAUGACACCCUCAACAAACUCAUGGUCUUCUGCACUGACCCAUCUCUUGGGAACUUGCACUACGCUGAGAAAAUCUUCAAUUAUAUCCAAAACCCGAGCUUGUUCAUAUACAACGUGUUGAUCAAAGCAUUUGCAAAGAAGGGUAGCUUUAGAAAAUCCAUUUCGGUCUUUGGCCAAUUGAGAAAACAUGGUCUUUGGCCCGACAAUUUUACGUACCCAUAUGUAUUCAAAGCGAUUGGGUGUUUAGGUGAGUCUUGGAAGGGUGCUAAGGUUCAUGGGUUUGUGGUGAAGACUGGGCUUGAGUUUGAUACCUACGUUUGUAACUCGCUUAUGGACAUGUAUGCUGAACUGGGCAAGGUUGAGAAUUUCAAGAAGCUGUUCGAUGAAAUGCCUGAGAGAGACAAGGUGUCUUGGAACGUUAUGAUUUCAGGCUAUGUUAGGCGUAGGAGGUUUGAGGAUGCUGUGAAUGUUUUUUGGCAAAUGCGAAGGGAGAGCAAUGAGAAGCCUGAUGAAGCCACAGUUGUAAGCACUCUGUCAGCUUGUACAACUUUGAAAAAUUUGGAGCUUGGUAAGGAAAUUCAUGGUUAUGUUGCAAAUGAGCUUGGAUUUACUACUGUCAUUGGGAAUGCUUUGUUAGACAUGUAUGCUAAGUGUGGCUGUUUAAGUGUAGCCCGGCAAAUUUUUGAUGAGAUGCAUACAAAGAAUGUGAUUUGUUGGACCAGUAUGGUGUCUGGGUAUGUGAACUGUGGUGAGCUGGAUGAAGCUAGAAAGUUGUUUGAGAAGAGUCCCACUCGGGAUAUAGUUCUUUGGACAGCUAUGAUUAAUGGGUAUGUGCAGUUUAACUGUUUUGAUGAGGCGGUGGCUCUAUUUCGAGAGAUGCAAAUUAGAAGGGUUAAACCAGAUAAAUUCACCGUGGUUGCUCUCCUCACAGGUUGUGCUCAGUUGGGAGCUCUAGAGCAAGGAAAAUGGAUUCAUGGAUACAUAGAUGAGAAUAGAAUUUCGGUGGAUACAGUCGUCGGCACUUCUCUUAUAGAAAUGUAUGCAAAAUGUGGGUGUGUGGAGAAGUCUUUGGACAUUUUCUAUGAGUUAAAGGAAAAAGAUACAGCCUCUUGGACUUCAAUCAUUUGUGCGCUUGCCAUGAAUGGUAAGACAAGCAAAGCACUUGAGUUGUUCUUAGAGAUGAAACAAGCUGGGGCUACACCUGAUGAUAUCACCUUUAUUGGUGUUUUAAGCGCUUGUGGUCAUGGAGGAUUGGUCGAGGAAGGCCGCCAGUUCUUUAAUUCUAUGACAAAGCAGUAUGAGAUUGAGCCGAAACUAGAACACUAUGGGUGUCUGAUUGACCUUCUUGGUCGAGCUGGAAAGUUGGACGAGGCAGAGAAAUUGAUAGAAGAAGUCCCUAAAGAAAAUAGUGAGAUCUUAGUUCCACUUUAUGGUUCUUUGCUUAGUGCUUGCAGAAUCCAUGGCGAUGUUGAGAUGGGUGAACGGGUGGCUGAGUGGCUGGUGAAAAUUGAGUCAAGUGAUUCCAGUAUUCAUAUGCUCCUUGCCAAUAUUUAUGCCUCUGCCGACAGAUGGGAAGAUGUAACAAAAGUGAGAAGGAAAAUGAAAGAUCUUGGUGUCAAAAAGGUGCCCGGAUGUAGUUCAAUUGAGGUUAAUGGGAUUGUCCAUGAGUUUGUUGUUGGAGAUCCAUCUCAUUCAGAAAUGAGAGAAAUAUAUUCCAUGUUAGAUAGACUGGCAAGACCUUUGUUGGAUUCAGAAGAGAGUGAGAUUGAAAGAGAAAUCCUGGUUCCAGUUUGUUGGUGAGGAACAAAGCUGAAUUUUCAGAAUUUUGCAAGCCACAGUGGA